AUGACCCCCAAACCCCCCCUCCUCAUAAUCCUCGGCGCAACCGGGACCGGGAAAUCCCAACUAGCAAUAAACCUCGCCCUCCGCUUCAACGGCGAGAUCAUCAACGGCGACGCCAUGCAGAUGUACCACGGCCUCCCCAUCGUAACCAACAAAGUAACUCCCUCCGAAGCCCUUGGCAUCCCACACCACCUCCUCUCCGAGAUCCCGCUCGACGCUGAACCGUGGCGCGUCGGGCGCUUCAGGAAGGAAGCUAGCAAGGUAAUUGCCGAGAUUAGGAGUAGAGGGAAAAUACCCGUGGUGGUGGGAGGCACGCAUUAUUAUACGCAGAGUCUAUUAUUCUCUGAUGGACUGGUGGCUGGGGACGAAGCAGGAGAGGAGGAGAUGGGGGUCGAGGAGAUUAGAGAGAGGUGGCCGAUUCUAGAGGCCGAGACGGGGGAGAUGCUGGAGUGGUUGAGGGAGGUUGAUCCCGGGAUGGCGGAGCGGUGGCAUCCGCGGGAUAGGCGGAAGAUUCGGCGGUCGUUGGAGAUUUUUUUGAUGACGGGGAGGAAGGCUUCCGAUAUCUAUGCUGAGCAGGUGGCGAGGAAGACGGAGACGGAUCUUUCGUCCACGCUGCUGUUUUGGGUGCAUGCUGAUUCGAACGUUUUGAAGAAAAGGUUAGAUGGUAGAGUUGACAAGAUGCUGGAAAAUGGGAUGUUGGACGAGGUUAAAUCCUUGGAUACGUUCCUUCAUAAUCAAGAACGACCUAUUGACCGAACGAGGGGAAUUUGGGUCUCGAUUGGGUGGAAGGAGUUCGAACCUUACCUCACGGCCUUGAAAUCGGGCACAGCGACAGAAGAGGAACUUAGAACUGCCUUUGACCUCUCAAUUGAGCAAACGAAAGCCGCAACGCGGCAAUACGCAAAACGGCAAACGCGCUGGAUAAGACUUAAACUGCUCCCCGCGCUAACGGAGGAGGAUGCUCUUAAACAACUUUAUGUUUUGGAUGGGACUGAUAUCUCGCAAUGGGAUGAGAAUGUUUCUGAGAAAGCGGCGGAGAUCACGGAGAAGUGGCUAAAGGGCGAGGAAAUGCCGGCUCCGGAAGAGGUUUGUGCGGCGGCGAAGGAGAUACUGGGAGAGGUGGGGGAGGUCAGGAGUGAGUGGCCGAGAAGGGAAUGUGGGAUGUGUGGUGUUACGGCUGUUACGGAGGUGCAGUGGGUGACGCAUUUGAAGAGUCGGAAGCAUAGGGGGGCGUCGAAGAGGGUGGCUAAGAAGGAGAGGGGCUCUGACUUCAACAUCUCUAAAUCUGAGGUUGAGGAUACGCCUUGA